AUGACAAUGGAAGUUCAAGAAAAAACCGAGUCUUUGCUUUUCGAAGCUGUAAUUGCAAAGAAAACUCCUCAAAUAGUUGGAGGCAAGGGUAUUUAUGUCGAUAUCAUUUCAGAAGGGGUUAAGCACGAGAAAAUCUUGGAUGCUUGCACUGGCGCAGCUGUUGGCGCUUUGGGUUGGGGUGAUGAAGAAGUUUAUGACAUGGUAAACAAGUCCAUUCGUGAACACACUUAUUCUUUCCCUUUCUUUGUGGGCAACCCACAUGCUGAAAGACUAGCAGAUUUUUACAUUUCGAACUCUCCACCAGGUGUCUUCUCUAGUGCUAUGUGGUGUGGUUCGGGUUCAGAAAGUAAUGAAAAUGCACUCCGCAUUAUAAGACAAUAUCAAUUAGAGCGGGGAAAACCGGAAAAACUAAAAAUUAUAUCAAGAAUGCAAAGUUAUCAUGGGUUUACAUUAGGCGCAAUGUCUAUAUCUGCAGGUAAUCGGUCUGAAAUAUUUAAAGAUAUUAUGAUAGACCAAGAGAACAUUUGCUUGAAGAUGCCCGUUUGCUAUCCUUACAGAUAUCAACGAAACGACGAAACUGAAGAACAGUAUUCUCAACGCUUAUUGAAUAGUUUAGAAAAGAUUAUAGUUGACAAUAAUCCUGCUACUGUCUCUGCUGUUGUUGUCGAAACUCUCCCUGGCUCUUCUCUGGGAACUGUUACUCCUCCCAAAGGUUAUUUGUCGGGAAUCCGUGCACUUUGUAACAAGUAUGAUGUGAUUUUCAUGCUCGAUGAAGUGAUGUGCGGAACUGGUAGGUGCAAUCCUAACGGUAAAUUGAAUUGUUGGGAGAAUUUCCUAACAGCAGAGGAGGCUCCCGAUAUUCAAACUGUUGGAAAAACACUCGGCUCAGGCUACGUCACAAUCGCUGGUGUACUCGUGGGACCAAAAAUUAAAAAUGCUUACACAAAUGGUUCCGGUAUGAUUUUCGGAUCUCACACCUAUGCUUCUCAUGGUUUUAAUUGUUCAACAGCUUUAAAAAUCCAGAAGAAAAUCCAACGCGAAAACCUUACCAGUAACAUUUUUCAAAUGGGAAAUUUAAUGGGAAAGACCUUGAGAAAAACACUCGUUGAAGAAGAUAAUACAAUCGUUGGUGAUGUCAGAGGAAUUGGUGGCUUCUGGUCUUUAGAGUUUAUUCAGGAUAGGCUCACAAAAAAACCAUUUCCACCGGAAGCUAACGUUGCGAAAAAUUUUCAAAAGAUUUGCUUCGAAAACAAAAUGAACAUUAUGAGUAUGCCCGGAAUUAUCGGAGAUGGUACCGGUGAUAUUGCUCUCUUGUCGCCUUCCUUUAUCAUUACCGAGUCAGAUGUCCAUGAAAUUAUCUCGCGCAUUUGUAAGUGUGUGAAGCUCAUCACCGAAAAACUUCAAAAGGAAGGCUACGUUUGA